CGCGGUCUUUAGCGGCGUCAGCCAUCUUGGAACGACAGCAGUGUGUUUCGGACUGAAACAAAAACCGAUUCAUUGAUUAGUAUCGCACCGCUUAUCCAGAAAAUAUCCUGCUUUUUUUUGCGUGCGCACAGUUAGCGAAGCCCAUAGCAGACAGGUCUGUUUGUUUGUUCUUUUUUUUUCCUGCUUACUGAGCGCUGGGUCGAAACAGGACGAGAAAAUCAGCAGCAUGGCGACCGCUACCCCGAGCCGCGAAGCCUCGACUCCUCUGUCCCCGACACGGAUCUCCCGCUUACAGGAGAAACAAGACCUGCAGCACCUCAACGAUAGGCUGGCCGUCUACAUCGACCGGGUCCGGUCUUUGGAGCUGGAAAACGACCGGCUGAUGGUCAAAGUGUCUGAAAAAGAGGAGGUUACAACCAGAGAGGUGGUUGGUCUGAAGUCUCUGUAUGAGGCAGAAUUAGCUGAUGCACGACGAGUUUUGGAUGAAACUGCUAGAGAGAGAGCCAGACUCCAGAUAGACUUAGGCAAAGCCAAGGCUGAACUGGAUGAAGCCACACACAGUAUCAAGAAGAAGGAUGGUGAUCUUGCAGCAGCGAUAUCCCGGGCCAGUGCUUUAGAAGGAAAGCUAAACCAGAGUGAAGCAGCUCUUUCCACAGCUCAAAGCCAGAACGCUGCUCUGGCUAAUGAGUUAGCGGACGUCAAGAGUCUGUUGGCUAAGGCAGAGGACAGCCAUGCUGUUGCUAAGCGUCAGCUGGAGACUGAGACACUGAUGCGUGUCGAUUUGGAGAAUCGCUGUCAAUCGCUGAGCGAAGAACUGGAGUUCAGGAAAAGCAUGUUUGAAGAGGAGGUGCGUGAGUCUCGGCGCCGGCAAGAGCAAAGAAUGGUGGAGGUGGACUCCGGAGCCAGACAAGACUAUGAGGUUAAACUGGCACAAGCUUUACAGGAUCUGAGGAAACAACAUGACGAGCAAGUCUCUUUUUACAAGGAAGAACUGGAACAAACAUUCCAAGCCAAGCUGAAUAAUGCAAAGGUGUCUUCGGACAUUAAUGAUAAAGCAAUGAGUUCAGCCAGAGAGGAGCUGCAGGAGUCCCGUUUGAGAAUGGAGAGCCUUGGAUAUCAGCUGAGUGCCCUUCAGAAACAGGUUGCAGCCUCAGAGGAUCGUAUCAGAGAGCUGGAAGAAAUCCUGUCGGCAGAACGGGACAAGCACCGCCGUGCGAUGGAAAACAAAGAACGUGAGAUGAGCGAUCUGAGAGACAGGAUGAACGCUCAGCUCAGUGAAUACCAGGAGCUGCUAGAUGUGAAGCUCGCCUUGGAUAUGGAAAUCAAUGCUUACCGGAAACUGCUGGAAGGAGAAGAGCACAGGCUGAAGCUGUCUCCUGGCACUUCUCCUCGAGUCACUGUUUCCAGGAUAACUGGUUCCUCUGCUUCUCGUUCCUCCAAGAGGAAGAGACUGGAUGCUGAAACCAGAGAGAUGCAGGAGAUGGGAAGAGGAGAUCUCCUUGUCUCUGAGGAUGCCACAGCUAGCGGAGCAGUAACCAUAUCACCUACUGAUAUGGACGGAAAUGCUGUCUCACUGACCAAUAAUUCUGAGCAGGACCAGCCUUUAGGCAACUGGAGGUUGAAGAGAUGCGUUGAUAAUGGCGAGGAAAUCAUCUAUAAAUUCUUUCCAAAGUUUGUCCUCAAGGCUGGGCAGUCCGUCACGGUGUGGUCUGCAGAUGCAGGUGUGGCCCACAGUCCACCAACUGACUUGCUGUGGAAGAGCCAGAUGUCUUGGGGCACAGGGAAUGACAUCAUUACCACUUUGGUCAACGGCGAUGGCGAGGAGGUGGCCAGAAGGAGUGUGACCAAGACUCAGGUGGAAGUGGAAAAUGGAGAGGAAGAGGAGGAAGUGAGACAAACUGGCAAGAUGUCAUCAAGAGAGUGUGCCAUCAUGUGAAGUCUCCCACCUCUGUUGAUGGCUUUGACUUCCCCUUCAUUUUUUUUUUUUUUUUUUUUUUUUUUUUUUACCCCUCUUGAUCCAUUUAAUUGUAAUCAUGUUCAUAACAUCAGUAUAUGAUUUUUGUGUAUUUGUUUUAAGAUGAUAUAAGAUUGCUUCAACUAAUAAUUCCAGUUUUUAUUGCUCAGCUAAGGAGCUGCUUUAUGAUCAGGAUUUUUCACAAAUAAUCAAAAGUCAAUGAAAACAUAGUUAGAAUGGCAGCCUGAGUGGAUCAGGCCAGAGAUAAUCAGCCGUAAACAAUUAUUAGAAUGUGAAGACGUAGCCGAUCACUCCUGUUCCUAUUGACCCUAUACUAAAUGUUGGAGUUUUAUUUUAACACUUACUUUUCAUGCUUGAUUGUUGAGCAUUUUGGGGUUCAUACUUUUGCACAGAAUGAAAUGUAUAUGAAUGACAAA